GGGGCCGGGGCUGUUCUCGCUCUCCCAGCCGAGCCGGGGCCUCCCGAGAGCCCCGAGCGGGUUCGGCUCCCUCGGGGGGCUCCGCUCGGCCCCCGGGCAGUGCCCAGGGCCCCGGGGCUCCACGGGCCUCGGGCGGUGUCCCACGGGCAGGGGGCUGGCGGUGGGGCCCGGGGCUGCUGUGGGGCUGCCGAGAGGGGCCCGGAGCGGGCAGGAGCUGGGCUGGGACACGGAGAGGCCCCGCGGAGGGGCUGGGAGAUUUCCCAGCUUCCAGGGACAUCCAAAGGUUCCAGGAACAUCCAGAGACAUCCCAUGUCCCAAAUCCCACCAACUGCUACUGCCAGCAGAAAUGUUCAUGGCAAGGUUUUGGGGUCCCCGGACACGUCUGUGAAUUGCCGCUCUGAGGUUCUGCAGGACAUUGGGGUUCCCAUGUCCCAGUUUCCCCUGAUGGUCCCACAAAGAGCUGAGGGGGCAGAUCCCAUGGUGGGCAGCCCCCAGACCCCCAGGGAAGGGGGAGAGCAGUGGGACAGAGCCCGGGAGAGCCGUGACAGUGGGGACAGCACGGCAGGGGCCGAAGGGCAGCGGUGGGGCCGGGUCCCUGCGGCUCCUGCCGCCCCGUGUCUGCCCGGCGGGUCCUGGCCGAGCCCUCCUGGCCGGGCUGCACUGCCCAGCUGGCCCCGAGCGCUGCCCAGGGGCUGUUGGCCGAGUCCCCCAGAGCCAGGCUGGCCCUGGCCCUGGCCCAGGACAGGCCCAGCUGGGCACGGCUGGCUCACGGGCACGGCCGGGCCAGGGGCUCAGGCUGGUGGGGCUGGGCACAGCUGUGUCCCAAAGGAUGCUCGGGAUUCUUUGUCAGCAAGGUCAGGGAUUAGGGACAGAGCAGGGUUUAUUGGGGCUGUGAGCUGAGCUCCAGCAGCACCCUGGCUGUCACGUAAUGAUGGGCCACGGCUGUUCCUCCCAUCAGUCCAGGGCACGUGUCCACACCAAUCUUCCCAUGUUGAUGUCUAUAAUUGUAUUUCGUCAUUAUCUCUUUGAUGAAGCUUGUCAGCUUGAAUUCCUAAUUACCUGGAUUUUUUUUUUUUUGCCACCGCUCCCUUUCCUGAUGCCCCAGGCCCUUUGGGAGGUGUAUAAAAGGCCCAAAGGUUCCACAGAGCUCCAUUCACCUUCCACUGCUUGACUCGCCUUGUCAACUUGCUCUGCCAGCCGAGCCAAAGGAUGUCCUGCUCCAGCCUGUGCGUCCCCAGCUGCGGGGUGGCCACCCCGGCCCCUCUGGCUGACAGCUGCAACGAGCCCUGCGUGCGGCAGUGCCCCGACUCCACGGUGGUCAUCCAGCCCCCGGCCUCGGUGGUCACCUUCCCCGGGCCCAUCCUCAGCUCCUUCCCGCAGCAGAGCCUCGUGGGCUCGGCCGGAGCUCCCUACGUGGGAGCCGGCUCCGGGGGCGCCUUUGGGAGCCGUGCCAGCUACGGGGCCCUUGGGGGCUACGGAGGUUACGGAGGCUGGGGCUUUGGAGGCCGUGGUGGCUACGGAGGCUGGGGCUAUGGAGGCCGUGGGCUCUAUGGGGGUUGGGGCUGUGGAGGCUAUGGGGGCUAUGGGGGCUAUGGGGGCUACGGCAGCUGUGGCUACGGUGGCUGGAGCAGUGGCCACCGCUACCUCAAUGGCAACUGCUGGCCCUGCUAA